AUGGAAGAACAAACUGGCAUUGUAACCGGAACCGGUGGCAUACCAUCAUUACAAAUUCAAAUUCUUGAUGGACAUGGUAUUAUCGGUGGCGCUGUCACACAUGCUAGCGUUGGACAACCGUUAACACUUAAUAUUGUCCUUGAAAAUACAGAAAUUUAUGAUUUUUAUGCACAUUCAUGUGUGGCUCACGAUGGUAGCAAUAAUCCGGAUGCAUUGGUGCAAAUUAUUGAUGCAAAUGGAUGUGGGAUAGGAUUACCACGAGCAAUUGAGCUACCAGUUUAUAUGACAUCUCCCAGUAAUGGUAAUCCAAAGCAUGUUUACAUUUACAUGUACGGUUUUCAAUUUACAACAUCACAAUUUGUUUAUUUUGAAUGUCAAGCAAGGCCAUGCAUACGCUCAUGUGAACGACAGCAAUGUGAAGCAGACAAAACAGUGAUAAAAGAGACAACAUUAGCAUUGUCAACAACAAGAAGAAUAACAACUACAACAUCAGCAACAAUGACAACAGUUAAAACAAUAAAGACAGUCAAAUCAGCAAUACGAUUUCGCCGUGAAACAAAAGUAAAAGCAGUGAAAUUACUCACAGUUUUGGAAAUGAGACCACCAGCACGAAUAUUCGCUGACAAAUACCAUUCAAAUCCGAGUACAAAAUUAUCAACAAACUUAGGAUCUACUUGUCCACAGUUAUUUUUUCUCAUUAUAUCAUUCAUCGCGCUAGGUUUAAUGCCGACCGUGACAAUAAUAGUAUGUUAUGGAAUUAUUGCACAUCGACGACAACAAACGCUUGAUAUCCAACGAACAGCCUCAUUUUCCGGAAUUCAUACCGAAUCAACCUAUAGCUCCUGA